CAUAUGCCAAAAAAUCUCCCCAUUGACCCGCCAGGUAGCAGCAGCUCGGCUGCCAAAUCUAUAAAUAGGCAUCCUCGCGCAGCUUACUUGGUCACCUCUCCUUAGCUAGCCAGCUCGAGCAAUUUAAUCAGCCAGAUCACUGCACCGCAUCAUCCUUCGUCUCUCCAUCUAUCUCUGUCUUUGUUUCCGCUCAGCUUCUGCUACCUAUAGCUACCCUGCUCUGCUUGCGGCAUUAAUUCUAGCUUAGCUACCGGGCUUGUGAGAUCCUUGGAAACCCGGGAACAAAUGGGUAGCAAAACCGAGCUUCUCUCGAGGAUUGCCGCCGGCGAUGGCCACGGCGAGAACUCGUCCUACUUCGAGGGCUGGAAGGCCUACGACAAGAAUCCGUUCGACCUGCGCAACAACCGCGGGGGUGUCAUCCAGAUGGGCCUCGCCGAGAACCAACUUUCGCUGGACCUGAUCGAGGAAUGGAGCAAGGCACACCCGGAGGCGUCCAUUUGCACGGCGGAGGGCGUCUCGCAGUUCAGGAGGAUAGCCAAUUUCCAGGACUACCAUGGCCUCCCGGAGUUCAGACAGGCAAUGGCCCAGUUUAUGGGGCAGGUGAGGGGGUGGAAGGCCACGUUUGACCCUGACCGGAUCGUGAUGGCCGGCGGCGCCACCGGCGCGCAAGAGACGCUCGCCUUCUGCCUCGCCAACCCCGGCGAGGCCUUCCUCGUGCCCACGCCAUACUACCCAGGAUUCGACCGGGACUGUUGCUGGAGGUCAGGAAUCAAGCUGCUGCCGAUCGAAUGCCACAGCUCCAACGACUUCAGGCUGACCAAGGAGGCGCUGGCAUCGGCGUACGAGAGCGCGCAGAGCAAAGGCAUCCGCGUCAAGGGGAUCCUCAUAACCAACCCUUCAAACCCUCUGGGCACGCUGACGGACCGCGCCACGCUGGUCAUGCUCGCCAGCUUCGCGACGGAGCACCGGAUCCACCUGAUCUGCGACGAGAUCUACGCGGGGUCCGUGUUCGCCAACAAGCCGGAGUACGUGAGCAUCGCGGAGGUGAUGGAGCACGACGCGCCCGGUUGCGACAGGGACCUGGUCCACAUCGCCUACAGCCUCUCCAAGGACUUCGGCCUCCCGGGCUUCCGCGUCGGCAUCGUCUACUCGUACAACGACGCCGUAGUGGACUGCGCACGCAAGAUGUCCAGCUUCGGCCUCGUGUCGUCGCAGACGCAGCACUUCCUGGCCAGGAUGCUCUCGGACGAGCCGUUCAUGGCGCGGUUCCUGCGGGAGAGCGCGUCCCGGCUCGCGGCGCGGCACGAGCGGUUCACGGAGGGGCUGCGGGAGGUCGGCAUCGGGUGCCUGCGCAGCAACGCGGGGCUUUUCUCGUGGAUGGACCUGAGGGGAAUGCUGGGGAAUAAGAAGUCGACGGCCGAGGCGGAGCUGGAGCUGUGGCGGGUGAUCGUACACGAGGUGAAGCUCAACGUGUCGCCGGGGACGUCGUUCCACUGCGGGGAGCCCGGGUGGUUCCGCGUCUGCCACGCCAACAUGGACGACGAGACCAUGGAGGUGGCGCUGGACCGGAUCCGGCUCUUCGUGCGCCGCCACCAGCAGCAGAAGGCCAAGGCUCAGAGAUGGGCCGCCAAGGGGCAGCUCAGGCUCAGCCUGCCGCGCCACGGCGCCAUGGCUUCGCAGUACCUGAACAGCCCCAUGGGGUUGCUGUCUCCACAGUCCCCGCUCGUCCACGCUGCCAGCUAAAGUCAGCACGCACGCGUGCCGUCCGUAAACUCUUUUUUUCGGUCGCAUGGUUGCAUGCGGGGGCAUGGCCUAAUUAAGCUGUGUUGCCGCUAGUGCAUCAUACAUGCGACCGUUGCCGCUAGUAGACAUGCAAAUGCAGCAUGUGGCUAACAUUUUGCGGAAGUUGCAUUGGGCGCCCUAUGUUGGUAAGCCGAAUGUAACCAACAUAUUAGGUUCCUCAAUUGUUUCGUUUGCUUGGUUUGGUUUGAUAUGGUUUAAUCCAUCGGAAGCUGUUCAAUAAGGCAUCUCGAACACUGCUGUUGUAAAUUACAGUACUUGUAAUAAGGUGGAGUAAUUGAAAGGUUGAAAAGCUUCACACGACACAAUACAGUACAAGUGUCUCAUCAGUAGGUUGCGAGAUUUUUCUAUAUUGA